AUGCCGCGCACCCCCGCUCGCGCCUUCCGCUCCCUCGCGCUCAUCGCUCUGGCCGCAGCGGCCAGCGCGCUGUCGCUGGCCCGAGAUUCAGCGCCGAAUCUUCGGCGGUCGACAAGACUGUGCAUCUAUACCGUGCCGGCGCUGCUCGUCUCCAACUCGUCCGUGAACGCGCUGCUCGUCUCCAACUCGUCCGGGCAGCCUGUGUGGCGCUCAACCGCGACCGGCUUCACCUCCAACCCUGCCGUCGCCUCCGCUUGGCAGCACCGAGCCUCCCUGCACUGCGCCUCGCCUGCCAGCUCCCUCGGACCAGUUGCGGGCGUGGGAUCUGGCGAGGCGGCGGACGGCACCGAGGCCGCGGAUGGCGCUGAGGCAGCCGGCGCGCUGUCGUGCCCGUCUCGCGCCAACCAGUCCAACGAGUCAUACGACACCCUCCCCGAGCACUGCGCGACCGACCCGCUGCUCGCGCCGGCCGACCUUCUCUCGCCGGCCGCGCGCUCGCCGCUCUCCGCACCGGACUCGCUCUCCUCCGUGCACGCGCUGCGACCGCCGCUGCCCGGGCAGCCGACUUGGUGCUUGGCUGCCGCGUGUGUUGGCUUCCCCGCCAACUCCGCUGUCGCCUCCCUGUACUGCGCGUCGGAUGCCGGCUCCCUCGGACCGGAGGCGGGCGUGGGACCUGCCGUGGCGGCGGACGGAGCCGAGACCGCGGACGGCUCGAGGACUCCGAGGCUCGUGGGCCCACUUGCCCUGUCGUGA